AUGACGAUUUUCGUGGCCAGCCUCUUCUUGCCGUACACGGUCAACUUUGACGGCCCGCCAUCCUGGACGGCCUCGGGGCCUGAGACCCCAGAAAUACCAAAAACAGGCUCGAGUCUACCAGGCAAUUCGACAUCUUCAGUAACACUAUCGCAGACACCCAAAACAGACGGUCCGCCCUCCCUCAGCCUUUUUACACCAAGUUCAAAUGCCGCUCUCUCUACGGUCCUCACCAAGACCCCAGACCCCUUGAUUCAGACACCGGGGGCAACCACCGAUCACGAGAAAAUCUUCCGUCCUCAUGUCGAGCGACCCUUGGCACUAUCCCUUCCAUCGCAUGUCAAACAGAAGCAAGAGCAGGGUCAGAAGGCUGUGCAGCAAGAUGUACCGCCGCAGACCCGGCCAGCAUUGUCCAAGGACCUUCGGGGCAUCUCGCGCCACGACAUACACUCUCCGGGCUGGGGAAAGAGCUUUGUAUGGAACCAGCCACCAUCGAGGGCCAAGUCGCCUCCACCAAGUUCCAUCCUGAAGCAUGCUGCGGUCGAGGUUAAAGAGAAGGCUGCGGCUAUUGUACACAAGGCGCAAAAGAAAUCACCCCGAGGCGCGCAUCGAAGAUCAAGGACAGUCAGUCAUGACCGCCGUUUUUCAGAGUUUGAAUACUCCGUGGAGAAGGCAGUCAUCGGUAACGGAGGUCUGUUCAACGCCAUCGACGCGGCUACCGAAGCUGGCCAACUCGAUGAGAAACUGUGGGUGGGCACGCUGGGCUGUCCCAUUGAUCUUCUGGAAGACCACAUGAAGGAAAACAUUGCAGAGAAGUUGGAGAAUGACUACGAUUCUUUGGCCGUCUAUGUCAGUGACAGUGACCUCAACGGCCAUUAUGAACACUACUGCAAGACCAUUCUGUGGCCCGUAUUCCACUACCAGAUCCCAGACCACCCGAAAAGCAAAGCCUAUGAGGACCACUCAUGGGUCUUCUAUGUAAAGGUCAAUGAAGCCUUUGCCGACCGGAUAGCCAAGAACUACAAGAAGGGGGAUAUUAUCUGGAUUCACGACUAUCACCUGCUGCUGGUUCCGGGCUUACUCCGACAAAAGCUUCCCGAAGCUGAAAUUGGUUUCUUUUUACAUACGGCAUUCCCGUCGUCCGAAAUUUUCCGUUGUCUCGCAGUCCGAUCAGAGUUACUGGAAGGCAUUCUCGGGGCCAACUUGAUAGGCUUUCAGAACGAUGAGUAUGGUCAUCAUUUCCUGCAAACUUGCAGCCGGUUGUUGAAUGUCGAGGCUACCAAACAUGGGGUCAUUCUUGAAAAUGGCCGCUUCGUCCAUGUCAACACCUGCCCCAUUGGCAUUGACCCGAAAGCCCUCGAUCAGCAACGUCGGGCUCCAGAGGUGCUGGAAUGGGUGAAGACAAUUACGGAAAAAUAUCGCGGCAAGCGUAUACUGGUUGGCCGAGACAAACUGGACAAUAUUCGGGGCGUCCGUCAGAAGAUUCUUUCGUACGAGCUUUUCCUUAACAAGUAUCCUCAGUACAAGGAUCAGGUGGUGCUCAUCCAGAUUGCCACUUCUUCUACUGAAGACCCCGAACUAAGCGCAACGGUGGCAGACAUUGUCACUCGUGUCAACUCGACCCAUUCCACCCUGGCACAUCAGCCUCUGGUUUUUUUGAAGCAAGAUAUCGAAUUUGCACAGUAUCUCGCUCUUUUGACCGUGGCCGAGUGCCUUAUGAUCACCAGCUUGCGUGAAGGUAUGAAUUUGACGAGUCAUGAGUUUGUCAUGUGUCAGGACGGUAAAUUUGCCGAGCCCAAACAUGGACCACUUGUGCUUAGCGAAUUUACUGGUUCCGCAACUGUGUUUGGGCACGAGGCCAUUCUGGUCAACCCUUGGCACUACACUCAGUGUGCUGAGGCCAUCAAGCAGGCCCUUGAGAUGUCUCCAGAGGAGAGGGAACGUCGGUGGACUCGGUUGUACGAUAUCGUCGUGAACCAGAAUGCCACGACCUGGUACGAUCGUUACAUGAAGGCCCUCAAUCAUGCGUGGAAGGAACAUUCGGUUCGUGAAGCGACUUCAGUGCCACGCUUGUCCGUAAGCUCGGUCAAGGCCAAAUACCAGAACGCGUCCAAACGAUUGUUCAUUCUUGAUUAUGAAGGAACUUUGGCAUCAUGGGGUUCUCCGACCGACAUCAUUCUGACGACGCCCAAACGCGCAAUCGAUGUUCUGAAUGACCUUAUUGAGGACCCGAAGAACAUUGUCUAUGUGAUGAGCUCGAGAAUGCCUGAGGAGCUGGAACGUUUGUUCAGCCCUGUGAGUGGUCUCGGGAUUAUCGCAGAAAACGGCGCCUAUGUCAGGGCACCGGACAUGGAUGAAUGGGAAGAGCUCGCCAACUCGGAAAAUGCCAAAGCCUGGAAGAAAGGAGUCCGCAGCAUCUUGCAAUACUACGCGGAAAGGAUUGAGGGUAGCAGAAUCGAAGAACGUCAUUCGGCUCUCGUGUUUGAUUAUGCCGAAGCCGAUGAUGUGGCUGGAGCUUUCAAGCAAGCUGGUGAAUGUGCGAACCAUAUCAACGAUGCCUGUCAAGGACAGAACGUCUGUGCAGUUCCAAUUGAGGACGGGUUAUACAUUUCUGAAAUCGGUAUCAACAAGGGACUUGCGGCACAGAUGAUUUCCGACAGUCUCGAAAAGCAGUGUCGGAUUCGUGGUGAAAAGAUGCCUGAAUUCCUAAUGGUCAUUGGCGAUUCCAGAGAGGACGAGUACGUUUUCAAUUGGGCACACAGACUGGAAUCGGCUGGCACGAUCAAAGAUGUCGUGACUGUGACUGUGGGAGCCAGAAACACUGAAGCUUCUGCAACCUUGACCCAGGGAGUGACUGGUAAGUCUUGA